AAGUAAAAGAUUUUAAUAUCUCACAACACCAGUGACAUUCUCAGAAAUGCAUUUUGGGCAGCGUAAGAUUGGAGACUCCUCCUAUGGUCUCAGGAGAUAUCUCAAAAGGCAAAGGUUUGGUCUUUCAGUAUGCAAACUUAAAUUUGGAUGGGUCUAAAGGGAAGAAUGUGAAGCAGAAUAACAAGACGGGUUCUGUUAAAGGUCAGGGAAGGAAGGAGUUAAGCUGGUCUACGGGGAAUUCAGCUUUUGGUCUGUGUGGAGAGGCUUCUUGUGCUUCUGAUCCUGGUUUACCUUCUGCUGAAGGUUCAACGGUUGAGGUGUCUGAAUCUACUGAGAUUAGGGUCUACAAAAGAAAAGCCAUGGAUGAGGCUAAAGUUCCAUCAAAAGUUGCUAAGAGCAACACCAAUGAGUUUGGUUCAGUGGAGUUUUUCGUGUCUUGUGUGUAUGGGAAACCUGCUUCUGUGGAUAGGCCGAUUCUGUGGGAAAGAAUUUCUAGGAUUGGUAUCCAAAGAAAGGACUGCUGGUGUAUGGUAGGCGAUUUUAACGCCAUCAUUUAUAAUGGAGAGAAGUUGGGGGGACCUAGAAGAGGUGAUGCAUCCUUCCUUCCUUUCAAAGACAUGCUUCAUGCUUAUGGGAUGAAUGAGCUGCCUAGUCAGGGGAACAGUCUGACUUGGGGAGGGAUGAGAGGAAAUUUGUGGAUUCAAAGUAAACUUGAUAGAUGCUUUGGGAAUAAAGCCUGGUUCCAAUUCUUCCCUAUUGCUAAUCAAACCUUCUUGGAUAAGAGAGGUUCUGACCAUAGACCUGUUUUAGUUAGACUCACAACUACUAAAGAGGUCUACAGAGGUAACUUUAAGUUUGAUAAGAGGAUGCUGAACAAACCAGAAGUUAAAGAGGCUAUUCAAAGGGCUUGGAGAGGAGGUUAUAGGAACAAGGAUGAAAAGGUUUCUGAUAGGCUGAAGAAAGAGAGCUAAUAAUUUGAAUGCUGUGAAUAGAAUCACUCAAGCUCA